AUGGCUUCGGUAUCUUCCCUCGACAAGGACAUGCGAAAUAUUCGCCUGUCGAAGUACACCCCGCAAGCUGCGAAUGAAGUGAGGAUAUGGAUCCAGGAUGUUCUGGGAGAGCGGUUGGUUGAUGGGGAUUUGCUGGAGGCACUGAAGGAUGGGAUUGCACUCUGCAAGCUUGUCAACCUCGCAGCCCCACCAGGUGUACGCUUCAAAGACUCAUCCAUGCCUUUCGUCCAGAUGGAGAACAUCUCUCACUUUCUCCGCGCCUGCCAAUCGCCUCCUUUGAACCUACAGUCACAUGAUAUUUUCCAGACCGUCGAUCUCUAUGAGUCGAAAGAUCCUGCUCAGGUACUACAGUGCAUAUCCUCUUUUAGCCGAAGAGCCCAUGCCGUACAGCCAAGCAAAUUUUCGAGUACUAUAGGAGGGGAUAAGAGCAAGACUGGCAUCAUCAGCCCGCAGAGUACUGGAGGCUUUUCUGCAGCAAGAUAUGGGCGGCCUCGAGGCAUCAGCAACUCAAGCGAGGCUAGUUCAGCUACUUCCCACCAGGCCUCACACCAGGCAUCUAAAGCAGUAGGCGGACGAGGCAGUCCUUCAAUAUCCGACAAUCAUGCAGAAAAGACCGUCAAUGGCGCUCCACCAGCAUCGUCUUCGGGAGGCGUCAGUAGCUGGAGCAAAAAGGGCGAUGAGGGUGCUACAACUCCGGCUUGGAACAUCCAUCAGUAUGGGUAUAUGGGUGGUGCGAGUCAAGGAAAUCAAGGAAUCUCAUUUGGAGGCCGGAGACAGAUUACUACACCAGCACCCAAGGUUCCGAGCUUAGCAGGGAAGGAGCGCAAGAAGCGUGAGCAAGAAGCAGAGGAUGAGAGAUUACGACUGCAAGCUGACGAAGCUGAGCACAAACGGCGUGUGGAACGAGAAGCCGAAGAAGAGAGGGAGAGGCUUGCUGAAGAGCAGCGGUGGGAAGAAGAGACGGCACGAAAACGCGAAAUAGAAAAGCGCCGAGUUGAAGAGGAGAAACGCCGGUGGGACGAAGAAGAAAGAAAAUGGAAAGAAGAGGAGGAGAUUAGAGCGAAAGAAGAGGCGGAAGCUGAGAUCAAGACAGCGAGGCAAAGGCAAGGGAAAAUCCAGCCAAGGCCACAACUCCAGGGUCAGUACCUCAGCCAGUACAAAGCGGAACAGCUGCAAAAGCCUCCGGCGUCUAGCGGAGAGGAUCCCGAGCGAGCUCCAGAACGAGAUCGAGUCGAAGAACUAGAGAAGCAGCUAGCAGAAGCCAAGGAGCGUGAAGCGAAGUAUGAACGUGAGCGACAGGAGCGGUUGCAAGCAGAUCAAGUUCGAAACCAGGAGGGGACCUCUUGGUCAAGCGCUAAUGUACAGCAAGAUCGCCCUCGAAGCAGGAGUCGACCGGCGCCAGCACAUUCGCACCAGGACAGUGAAGACUCCCGGAGAGCAGACGAGCGUGACUAUCUGAGGAAAGAAUGGUCAAGCCACAACGCCGAGCCAGCUCCACCACAACAGCCUCCAAGACCUCUUCCAACAACUCAAGACCUUCUACCACCGCAGCCUCCGCGCCCCCUGCCCAGCUUAGAUGGACCCCCUCAGCAACCACCUCGACCCCUGCCGACUCCUCAAGCAUCCUCACCACCACCAAUCUCAUCCCUUCCACCACGCCCGCUCCCAAAUCCAGCAAGCUACGCUUCCAGUCCCCGUCAACCCUCUCCCCAACGCAAGUCACCCUUCGCAAGACCUACAUCACCCGCCAUCUCCACACCGAUUCCGCCUCCUCAGUCGCAGUCCGCCAGUACACCAACCAAAAAGCCACCUUUCGCCAAGCCAUCCUCUCUCCUUAGCCGAGAAAUGGAACUCGACCGUCUCCGCCAGCAAGAAUGGGAAGAAGCGCAGAGAGCGACUAAAGCGGCUGCUGCUUCAGGGGUAAGAGAGGGUGGUGUAGGGCCUGGCGAUGGCAGUUGGGACGUGAAUCAGUAUGGGUAUCUGGGUGGUGAUAGUCAAAACCGGGGCGGAGCGGGGAUAGGAUUUGGAGCGAGACGUCAGAUCAUUGGGCCUAGAGAUCCACCUGGGAAGUCGUGA